CCGGGCUGCAAACCUAAAGUACUGCGGAAAUCCAAAAUGGUAGCGUGAUCACUUCUAUGCAGGAGUAAGUCAUCGCUAGUAUCGCAGAGCACGAUGGAGGUCUUGCUUCAACAAGAACGGGGAUGGAAUUAUAACACGUCAACUUUUACUUCAAACACUUACACGUCAGAGAGACGUCAGACAAACUUUUACAAUUACACACUUUUACUGGCAGAUCGAGAACUACAAGAACUCAUCGUCAUCUCACCGAGAAAGAGAAUGAAAAGAUUUUUAGCAGGAGAGAUGUCUAGUAUCUUGAGCUUUAGCUUUUAUUUGACGCACGAUUUCAAAUAGGCGGACAGAAGAGCAGAAGGAGCAAAACUGCUUACAGCUUGGACGGACGUUAGGAAUUCAGUCGGUGACUUUUAGGUGACUGCCGAGCAAUAUGAAUUUCUGGCACCCCCCCAGCGCCGACCUUUGUGCUAGGUCUCAGCGCCUGCGUUGAUGCUUCUUUCGCCCGUCCUUUCUCAGCCAGUGGAGGUCGCUGCUCUGACUGUAAGUAGUCAGAGUCGUGAGGAGGAUGGGCCGGCUAGCCCUGACCUUUUGAUGUAGAGGCAAAGCCUCUGCCACAGCCUCAAUGGAUGCAGUUAUGAAGCCUGGAGUCGUCACAAAGAUGCUGGCUCCAGGCUGCUGCGCGUGCAUUCAGGGGUCCACUGUGGCAGCUACCAAGCCUAUUUCCGGGCCAUUUGGACAGAUAUCAAGCUUGGGUGGGGGGGAAUCGAGGCAACUUUUUUGGUUGGUGACACGAGUGGUGACACGGGCCGGUGACACGGAGCCAAAAAAGUCGCCAAUUUGGUGCCACCGCGACCUGUGACAGCCGAUGGUGACUCCAGAAAUCGUCUCGGUGACAGCCGACUUGUGCUCCGUGUCACCGGGCUUGAUUUUGAGCUCGGUGACAUCAAGAGUGCCGCCGUGUUUAGCUCUCAAACUUGGCCGAAAUUAUCGGAAUCUCGGAAAUUCUCACACUUUGGCGAAUUUUUUGCCAAAGAGUCAGCUUUUUCUUGGAUUCCAAAAAAGCAGGAAAUUGUCAAUGUGGUUUGACUUGAUAGGGCGGGGGUUGUGGGCGUGCCUAGGGCACAAACACACUAUAGACAGUUUAAAUCUGCCCAAAUGUGUGAGCUGUUGGGCGCCGCGUUUGGCCCCCCUGCGCCGGGCAACCGGCCGAAAAUUUGACGCACGAUUUUAAAUAGGCGGACAGUAGAGCAGAAGGAGCAAAACUGCAACUAGGACUGUUAUCAAGUUCCGCUUAUUUCAUCUGUAGUUUGCGACUUUUACGCCAUGACAGAUUACUAGACUCUGACCAUGUUAGUUUUUGA